AUGCUGCACACCAGGACCGGAAGGAGCCUGCCCUGGGCAUCAGCAGCUCCAGCGCCAACCUCCCGCGAGUGGGUGAUUUGUGCCCGGCUCCAGAACCUCCCGGCUCUGCGGGGGAGAAGCCUUCACACGUCCAGCCUCCGCGGUUCCUCGGCUCCUAGCACCAGCUCACCCUCCUCCCCGGCGUCUUUAUACAGGGCAAUCGGAGUCCUGCCCUUUUCCCGGGCUCACCCAGCCAAGCUCUUCGCAGCCCGGUCGGCACAGGGAGCGACGGCCGUGCGGAGCGGCCGGACGCGGGCGUCCCCGCAGGGGCUCCGCUUGGCUCAUGCCGUGAGUGCACCGGGGAAUUCCUCUCGCUCGGCGUUGCGGGCGGCACGGCGGGCGCGGGUGGCGCUCGAUACCCGAAUCAAAGGGCGUGAAGACUCUGUCCACACCGGGAAAGGCAGGCGACCAAAGUGCUGUCACCGUGCGCACGUCGGCCAAGCUUCUUCUGCCUCCCGCUGCCGACGUUUCCUGGCCACCUGGCUCGUUCCCCUGUGGACAGAUCCAGCGAGGCAUCGUGGGCAGCGUUUCCCGGAUACCGGGCCUCAGCGUGGCUGCCAGGGUGUCCCGGGCUCCCGGACUGUCCGUGCAGCGCCGGGUUCCCCGAGCCCUCAGCCGGGCUGGGCGGAUGCAGUCGUAUGUUUCAGGCUCCCGGCAGAGGCAUAGUGAGG